CCAGUGUUGUGUUGGGUUGCGCACGUGGUGCUGUGGAGGUGAGCGGAGRGCAUACACACAGUUCACCUCCGCUGUCGCAGAUUUCCCCGUGAAACGGRCGGCUGUGAGGAGAUGUCAGCGGCAGGUCAGACCUCUAGGAGCCGGGAGAUCCCCGCGGUCCGCAGGAUCGCCAUCCACGAUGCUGCCCACAUGCCCCAGGACUACUCCACAACUCCGGGGGGGACCUUGUUCAGCACCACGCCUGGAGGUACCAGGAUAAUCUACGACAGGAAGUUCCUCCUGCAGUGUCGGACGUCCCCCCUGGCUCGCACCCCUCCCAACCUGCCCGAUAUCCCGGGAGUCACCAGGCCGCUGAUCCCGGACUCGGCUAAUGARGCAAACAAACCUGACGAGACGUCAAACAGCAGCAAGCACAACGUGCACACAGAGAACUCGGAAGAUGCCCAGUUUGAAAUGGACAUAUGAAGACCAUCAGCUUCAUUCACAGAGUUCAUGCUGACGGAGAGAAAAACUAAAUAAUCAUUCAAGUGACACGUCUCGUCUCAGUCAGCUGUUGUUUAUCAAACAUGUUCUGGAAAGAAAUUGUUUUUUGUAACAUCUGAUUAGUAUGUUAAAAUGUUGUGCUUAUAUUAUUAUUAGAUGCAUAAAUCAGUGUAUUUUUAUUCUGUAUAACUGUAUGAGCUGUGAAAUGUGACAAAUAAGUUUUAUUAAAGUAGUAUUUUAAGUAACGUAUAUUUAAGCAAUAAAUKUACAAAAGGCAAUGUCAACUUAUUUGAGCUUUAUUUUCUGAUCAGCAGUAACUAAUUGUGUCCACUUGGGAGCAGCAAACAGUUUAUAAAAUAUCCCAAUUUUAGGUAAAAGAUUAUUUGUUAAAACUUAGUAUUUACACAUUAAACAAAUAUAAGGCAACAUGAAUAUUUUUUACUUUCCUGUGUUCAGGAACCAGAUGAAUUCAUUUCUGUUUCGAUGUUGCUUUGAUUCUCAGCUUUUGAGAAAAAGCUAUUUGUCUGCCUUUUGCUUCGUUACAAUAAACAAGCUGUUAAUUUUAACACUU